AUGCAUUACAUAAAGGGUGAUAGAGAGAGUCAUUCUGAGCCAUGCUGCUGCUGCUGUGAGCCGCUGCUGGACCUCUGAGCACCUGGACAAGAGCAGAAAACAUUUAUCAACAGAACAGGCACGCUGUGCAGAAAAGAUGGCGUCUUCCCUGCUGAGAAUAGGACGACUUGGCUGUGUCAAGUGUUUGCAGGCUGAGAGCUGGAGUACUCUGUGCAGAGCGCCUGCAGCUGCAGCCUAUAGCUCAAAGUCCGGCGGAUCCAAGAAGUCGUCAAAAAAGACCUCAGACAAAAACCAGGGUAAAACAUACUUCGAUAUAGAGAAACUUGUCCAGCACAAGGUGUAUGAUAUUCCCAAGAAAGAUGUUUCCUCAGCAGCUGCUGCCACUGCAGCAGCACAAGCUGCAGCUAAACCGACUGCAGAGCCUUCACCCUCUGCUGCUGCACUGGAGGCUGUGUUAGCCUCUCCCGCUGCUGAAGCUGCACCGGCGGCUGAAGCUGUUGCCGAAGCCGCACCAGUAGUUGAAGCCGUUGCCGAAGCCGCACCAGUAGUUGAAGCCGUUGCCGAAGCCGCACCAGUAGUUGAAGCCGUUGCCGAAGCCGCACCAGUAGUUGAAGCCGUUGCCGAAGCCGCACCAGUAGUUGAAGCCGUUGCCGAAGCCGCACCAGUAGUUGAAGCCGUUGCCGAAGCCGCACCAGUAGUUGAAGCCGUUGCCGAAGCCGCACCAGUAGUUGAAGCAGUUGCCGAAGCCGCACCAGUAGUUGAAGCCGUUGCCGAAGCCGCACCAGUAGUUGAAGCCGUUGCCGAAGCCGCACCAGUAGUUGAAGCCGUUGCCGAAGCCGCACCAGUAGUUGAAGCCGUUGCCGAAGCCGCACCAGUAGUUGAAGCAGUUGCCGAAGCCGCACCAGUAGUUGAAGCCGUUGCCGAAGCCGCACCAGUAGUUGAGCCCGUCGUAGAAGCCGUUGCCGAAGCCGCACCAGUUGCUGAGCCCGUCGUAGAAGCCGUUGCCGAAGCCGCACCAGUUGCUGAGCCCAUCGUAGAAGCCGUUGCCGAAGCUGUGGUGGAGGCUGUUGCAGAAGCUGCUGAACCUGUUAUCGAGGCGGCUGCUGAAGUUGUCGCAGAAGCAGCACCAAUGGUUGAGGCUGUGGCUGAAGUCAUUGCAGAAGCUGCACCAGUAGAAGCUGCUGCUGCUGCCCCUGUGGAGGCUGAAGCUGCCCUUACUCCUGCUGCGGCUGCGACCGAAGUUUCUGCCCCCGUGGACAGCACCGAGGAGCUGGUGGACCCCGCUCCAGUCGUAGCUGAAGCUGCAGGAGAGGAGUUGCAGGCCGAGGCCCCGGCUGAACCAGCUUUACCAGUCGAACCGUCUGAGGUUCAAAUUGACCCGAUUCAGAAGCUUUUCCUGGACUCCAUACGCGAGUACGCCACAAAGAGCGAUGCUUCUGGGGGUCUGGUCGAUGCAGGUUCAGAGUACCAGAAGGCCUUAGCAGAGGAGGUGGCAAAGCUCCAGAGACUCUACGGUGGUGGAGACCUCACAUCUUUCCCAGAGUUCCAAUUCCCAGAACCCAAGUUUGAUGAAGUUUCCCAGAAGUGAACCUCAGCACUUUGCAACUGAACUUUUCUACUGUCGCCUUUUUUUCCCUUGUACAUCUGUGUGGCUCCAUAGAGGAACAAUAACAGUCUGCUUACUGUCAACAAACCUUUUUACCUCUGCUCUGUAUGUUUCUGUAGCUACAUGUCAUGGGGGAGAUGGAAGCUAAUGAUAACGCAUUAGAUGUAGACUUUUUUGGCUGACAGAGUGAAUUUUAGAGAAUGUUAAAUACGCUUUGUAUAGACAAAGAGCUGAAUGUGGAGGAAAAACAAUAAAUUCCUGUUCAUAUUUGUCAUAUUUA